GUAGAGCCGCUGGUCUCUUUCUUUCUAGUGUAGCACAUGGGAGGAGCAGCGGAGGAGCCGCCCAGCUCAGAAGGCGAGGCUAAACCCAAGUGUCAGGCGUGCCUUUAACUGUGAGCCAGAUCUGCCGGCUGCUUGUGUCCUCGCCCUCCUUGGAUCACCCGAUUAUCUUUGUGUACUGGACAGUCUGAAAGAUGUCUGAAAUCCUCAAAGAAUUGUUAUGUGCUUCUGAGAAGGGGGCAUGCAUUGCUCGAGCAUGUCGGCAAGAAGAAGCCCUAUUCCAGCUCUUAAUUGAAGAAAAAAAAGAAGAGGAGAAAAACAAGAAGUUCCUUACAGAUUUUAAAACGUUGGCUGAUGUCUUAGUCCAAGAGGUCAUUAAACAUGACCUUGGAAUAAAGUUUCCAGGUUUAGAGAAAAGUAUAAGGGGAGAAGAAUCCAAUGAAUUCACAAAUGAUCUUGGAGAAAAAAUUAUUGUUAAAGUCUGUCCUUCAGAGCAGGAAACUGCGAGUCUGUUGGAGAAGGUACUGGAUAACAACAAGGCUGCAGCCAAGACUUUAGCAAGAGCUGUUCACCAGGAGGUGACUCUGACAGACGCGACUUUAGAUGCUGUUAAUGUGAGCAUCCCUCUAGAUAACAUUGCAGUUUGGGUGGAUCCUAUUGACUCCACGUACCAAUAUAUUAAAGGGUCAGGAGAUAUCCAGCCAGAGAAAGGGAUUUAUCCUAAAGGUCUUCAGUGUGUAACUGUGCUGAUAGGAGUUUUUCUUAUGGACACAGGGCAUCCAAUAAUGGGUGUGAUUAAUCAGCCUUUUGCAGUAAAGGAUCCUAUAACUCUAAGAUGGAAAGGUCAGUGGUACUGGGGAUUAUCAUAUAUGGAAUUCAAUAUCUGUUCUCUGCAAUUUUCUGCUGCCAAUGAAAAAACUGACAACAAAGGCUUGCAGCCGACUGCUUACCUUGAAAAGAAUUCCUACUCUGCUGUGACAAGCUCAGCUGAAGCAAAAGAUGUUCUCAGCGCCCUAUCAAUAGUGUGUGGCGAAAAUCUGCAUUUUGCUGCUGGAGCAGGUUACAAAUGCCUUUGUGUGAUUCAAGAUCUUGUGGAUUUCUAUGUCUUUUCUGAAGAUACCACAUUUAAAUGGGAUAGCUGUGCUCCUCAUGCCAUUCUUAAAUCUCUAGGAGGUGGAAUGUUGGACCUUUCAGAAUGUAUCAAGUUUGCCAAUCAAAAUAAGAAACUGUGUGUCAGGCCACAUCUCCUGUAUAAUUCUGAAGUGCAAGGAGCAAAAGGAGCAGAUAGAUGGGCUAAUAAAGGAGGACUUGUUGCUUACAGAUCAGAAGAACAACUGGAAUUCUUUAUUAAGCUGUUUAUAAACAAUUUGUCGUUACCAAAUGAACUUCUUUAAUGAUA